UUUCAGGACUUGUGCGUUCGUAUUGACUUGGGCGAGCGGAGCAAAGACAAGUUCUUUUUACAAGCAGAAGACAUCCCUGGGAUAUUAAACGACAAAAGCUUCCAGGACGAGCAGGAGUGGGACAUCUUCAAGAUGGUGCAGACGGGAGAGAACAAUGCCCAGGCGGAGCCGGAUGACGAGGAGCCGGAUGGAGUGCUGGUGCUGAGGUGCAACGUCAAGAGGAAGUUCAACUACUUCCUCUACAACUGCUUCCUAGUCAUGCUGUUCUUCGCUGUGAUGUCGAUGUGUAACUUUGCGAACAAGCCGGAGAACGUGCAGUUCCGACUGGCCGGUACCCUCACUCUCGUGCUGACCAGUGUCGCGUACAAACUCAUGCUGUCCAACUCCCUCCCCACCAUCUCCUACCUCACUCUAGUCGACGUCUACGUGUUGUUCAGCGUGUUCAUGUUGACGUUUCUGGUGGUGGCGUUCGCUGUGCUGCACACAGUGUACAGACACUUCACCUGUUGUCUGGAGGAGGAGGAGCUAGUCCAUCUAGCCUUCAGACUCGACAUCAUCACCAUGGCUGUUCUGGCAGGCAUACAUGUGAUGUGGAACCUCUCUUUCGGACUAUACGCCUUCCACAAGACUCGCCAAGUUACAGACAAAUUAAAGGAAGACGAAGCCAUCUACGCCGAAAAAUUAUCA